AUGAAACUGUUCCAGACAGCCGUCUUCAAUUUGAGACCUAAAGCAAAAUACGAAUAUUGUGUUUAUAAAGCAUUUGUUGGGAGCAAAAUUGCAAAAAAAUGUGAAGGCGAGCCCGGAGGCAGGCGGCGGUGCGCGGGCGCGGGCGGUGUGUCGCGCGGCAUGCGGCGCCGCCCGCUGCUGCUGCUGCUGGCGUUGCUGCUCGCGCACGGCCUGCUCGCCGCGUCCGGAGGCGUGCUUUGGGUACAGUACAUAUUGAAAGUUAUCCUUAUCGUCGUCUCGGUGCUCAUUUGUCCAAACACC